AUGGAGCACAUUUUACAGCGUGCCCGUGUACUGCUCCCGCGCCGCGGCUGGCGCAUCGGUCUCAUCAAGGAGUUCUACCCACGCGGGCCCUCACUGCUCGGACUCAAUGUAAGUGCCGGCAGGGAGGUAUGCAUUCGCUUUCGUGUUCCCGGCAAGAAAAGCGAGUUCUUGCCAUUUCACGAAGUGCUCUGCACGGCCUUGCAUGAAUUUACGCACUGUGCGCACUCCCAGCACAAUCGUUCCUUCUGGAACCUCUACUACGAUUUAGUGAAGGAGUGCGAGGCGCUGGAAGUGACCAUGAUCCAGCAGGGCAAGCAGCUCUACCCAGACAUCUCCUACACACCGAUGGGCUCCUCUUCCACUGCGUCGCAGAAGAGCCGCGCUGGUCGUAGGGACAGAACUGUAGCAUUACCCGGCAGCUCUUCAGGUGGAGGCCAUUGCUUAGGUGCCGGGGACGCCGGUGGAGGCGGUAAGGCACGUGGCGGUGGAAUGCACACGUGCAGCCGCACUGCCGCACAGGCCAUCACCACGGCCGGCCGCACAACCUCCAGCUCGAGCCCCUCAGCAAAGAGAAGUACGGCUUUUCCUGGGAAGGGACGGCGCCUCGGCGGAAGUGGAGUUCACCAGCACGGUACCCUGGUCGGUUUCGCCCCGACACGCGACGCACUGCGUCGAAUUCUUGCCGAUGCGGCGGAGAGGCGACGUGUGCAGCAACCCCCGUCAGCAGUAACGGCCAAGCUGGACACUGGGUCUCUAGUUCUAUCAACUGAUAACAGGACUUUUUCACAGGAUGGGGGGCAAUCUGAUGUGGACGACGACAACGCGCCGGACUGCGUUCCACAGAGCUUUUCAGAUGAACUGAACGGUGACAGCUGGAGGUGCUCGCGCUGCGGUUUCCUCAACGAUGGUGAUGUAGCCGGUAGCUGCGCGUUCUGCGCCGAUUGCGAUGACGGUGACGACGCGGAGGCGCCAUCGCUGAAGCAGCCUCGACUCGACAGGGAUCACCCGCCACUAGAAAUGUCUAGGGUAGUCGUCUCCUCGGUCACCGCCUCCAUUACGGUGCCCGAGCAGCAACCACCACCACAGCAGGGCGAGGGCACCUCAAAAGAGAAGUGUAUUCUUGUGAGCGACAAUGACGACAAUUAG